UGGUUUGGCUCUGACCGGAAGGGUCUGUGUUUACAGCAGUGCCUGUGCUCCACGUUAGCUUUACCCAUCUGUAAAGCGGAGAAAACCCGUUGCCUCAUGUUAACGGGAGUCUUAACCAACUCUUUGGGUAUUUUUUAAGGUUACUUAGACAAUUUAGCACGUUUCGGCGGCCUCCAUGAACAUUUUGCUGCGGCAGGGCCACCGAGAAGCAUCGCAAUGAUUAGCUGGCUAACGUAGCGGCGAGGUUAGCCAGCUACAGCUAGCUAACUUCACAUACGGCUGGUGCAGAUCCCAUAUAAACAGGCUGUCCCCUCCCAGCUCCGGGAAGCAGCGUGUCCUCGGGGUGAGCAGCCAUGGGCGCGGAGAGCAGCGCCGUGCGGAGCUGCACCCUGGAGGAGCCCCUCCUCACCCUGCCCUCCGGCCUCACCAUGUACACUGCCCUGCUCCAGGACGGCAAGCCCGCAUCCGUGUUUGUCCACAAACAGGGCAACGAAGACAAAGUCAACAAAGCCGCCAAACACCUGAAGACCCUGAGGCACCCGUGUCUGCUGCGUUUCCUGUCAUGCUCUGUGCAGGACGGCGGCAUCCACCUGGUGACCGAGCGGGUGCAGCCUCUGGAGCUGCUGCUGGACAGCCUCUCCCCAGAGGAGAUCUGUGCAGGCAUCUAUGACCUCCUGCAGGCACUCGUCUUCCUCCACGAGCGGGGCAAAUCAAGCCACAACAAUGUGUGCAUGUCAUCUGUAUUUGUCAGCGAAGAUGGCCAUUGGAAACUGGGAGGGAUGGAGACUGUGUGCAAAUUCUCUGAGGCUACUCCUGAGUUUCUGAGCAGCAUCCAGAAUGUGAGAGAGAACAGCUCUGUUCCCCCAGAGGAGCGGGUCGAGGGCUUUAAAACGCUGCCAGAUAAACAUGCCCACUCUCGAGACUGUUUCUCUUUUGGAAUGAUGGUGGAGACCCUUAUCCCUCUCCUGAACGGCUAUGUGUCGGAGGAGCUGUCUGACAGUCUGAAGAGAACUCUGCAGGCAGGCUUGCUGAACUCUGACCCCUUGUCUCGACCUGCACUAAGCUCCCUGCUGACUCAUGACUUCUUCAGGAAUGACUUUCUAGAGGUGAUGAACUUUCUCAAAAGCCUGACUCUGAAAACAGAAGAAGAGAAGAAUGAAUUCUUUAAGUUUCUGUUAGAUCGGGUCCAGAGCCUUCCUGAAGAGCUGAUAGCUGCACGCCUUGUACCCAAACUCCUCAACCCUCUGGUGUUCGCAGAGCCCAUGGCUGUCAAAAGCUUCCUGCCUCAUCUCCUAAGACCAAAGAAAAAUUCCAGCAGCGGUGGUAGCAGCGAAGACUGUCUGCUCUCUCAGUCCCUUUACCGGAAACACGUGGCUCCGCAGCUCCUCAAGCUCUUCAAGGUCAACGAGGAGCACGUGAGGAUCGUGUUGCUGGCUCACAUCCACGUCUACGCCGAGUUCUUCUCCCACGAUGAGCUCAAGAAUCAGAUCCUGCCACAGGUGUUGCUGGGAAUGAGAGACACCAACGAUUCUCUGGUUGCUAUGACGCUGCAGAGUCUGGCAGUGCUGGUGCCCUUACUUGGAGCCCAAGUGGUGGUAGGAGGAGAAAGAACCAAGGUCUUUAAACGCACCACACCCAACUUCACCAAGUCCACAGAGGUCACCCCCGAAACAUCUCCUGUUCAUAUAGUUGGAGGAAUCCACCCCCAGUUGGCCCAGCCUUCUAAGGUCCUGAAUUUGUUCCCCAAACCCUCAGGGGCUGCAGGCCUGGUCCUGGGCAACAUGGAUAGCCUACAUGGGAGCAGGGAGAAUCCCAGGAAUUAUCCACUGGCACCAAAAUCAGUUGCCAGUAGAGGGAUGUCUCUGCCUUUGAAUGGCUUCAGCCAAAACAGCCAGGUGGAGUCACUGUCGUACAGCCCAGAGCAGACAGACAGACCACAGGGCCCGGUGGAAGACUGGCCUGACUGGGGCGACCCUGAGGAGGGGACGAAGGACCGAGACGCACAGGCAAUACAGAUCCACAUCCAGGCCUCUGAUGGAGCAGCUCCAGCCGGCAACAGGCUGCCUCUCACGCCCCAUCGUGUGGAAGAGGAGCCAUGGGACGACUUUGAGGACACUGAGCCUACCUCAGACCUGUCCCCUACAGCCCCCAUACCAGACCCUGUCAUCCUCACCCCACCCAGAGGGGGCACCACAUCCAUACACAUGAACCCUGCACCUGAACCACUGAGACAGGGGCCUUCCAAACCCCUCAAACUGAGCUCAACCCCGCAAGGCUCCUCAGAGAGAAAGACCGCUUCUUCAUGGGACAGCCACUGGGGUCAAGAAGAGAGAGAUUUACAGAAAUCACACAAUGCCCUAUCAAAGACCAGGGUGCCACGAAGGAAUCGGGACAUAGGCGGUCUGGGGGAGGAGUUCACUAUAGAGGUGAAGCGGAAGCCAGAGAAAGACCCAGAGCUGGACUUGUUUGCAGACAUGGUGCCUGACAUCAAGUUGUCUUCUCCAACUCUGCUACUGCCAGGGGAGAGCAGUUUGAGCGAUGCUGGAGUGCUUACAGCUCCCUCAGAAAACACCGAAACGCCGCAGACAGACUCAUCCAUAGAUGCUCUAACACUCACUGCCAAGUUUGCUGCUGCAGACCUGACCGAGACUGAAAUAGAUGGCUGGGGAGAUGAAGACGAUCUGAACUGGGAGGAUGAGAACGCCUGGUGAUGACCUUUGGCCCGGCUCGCUCACCUGGAGCAUCAUUGUAGAGACUUUAACACUGGAGCAUUUAAAUCCUCAGAUGCACCAACCCUUAAGCGCCACUUCACAGCCAGUUAACUGAAACUUGCUCCCAAACAGAGAUUCAGUCAUCUAAAAAUAUGAUGCAGUAACAGUGAAAUGGAUAAUGUGUCAUCCUUUUUUGAUAUCUUAUAUUGUGAGUUUGUUGACAAUUAAUAUCAUUGUCCUCACUCAUGAAGGUCACUUUUGUACUGGAAGGAUGGUCUGCUUAUCAUGUGGUGGUUAUUACCAGCUAGACUGGGACAUUAAUGAAGCCAUUUAUAAUUGUUUUGCCAAAUGACGACACUAGUGGACCUUAACUUGAGGCGAAUGGCAUCUUUUGUUUUCAUCUGCUUCUCGUUUCACUGUGCCAUAGUUUCACUAGUGGCAUCAAGGCUCAGAUAAACUUGCAGGACAGACUUGACUGAAAUGUGACAAGUUUGAUUUACAGGAGGCUUUGCACUUUGAAUGAAUGUGAAAUAGAGGUUGAUAUAAUUUAUUGGUAGCUUUUUGGUUGGUGAUUAAAUAAAGUUUACAGUAUCAAAUGUG